AAUAAAUUAAAGGCAAAAACUGAAGAAAAAAAUAUGUAAUUGUAUCGAUGCCAUAGUCGAAAAAAAGAGCAAGCAGCGGCAAGAUUGGUGCUAUACCACCCGUCUCUCUUCCGAUUUUCUCGCAAUUCGUGACGUUUCUUACAAAACUUAAACUUUCCUCAUUUAUCACAAUCGAUCCCAUCUUUGCUUCCCUCAGGUGUUUAGAUCUCUUCUCUUUUUCGUCAUUUUAUUUUCUGAAUGCCAUUUCACUAUGAUUUCGUUUUCAGUGCAUUGAUUCGCGGCUUGCUCUUUUCCCGACGAUAACUCCUCUCUCUUCCAUUUUUUUAAUUUUUUAUUUAAAAUGUGAAUUAGGGUUUUCAGGGCUGUGCUGACGAUAAAUGCCGCAAGUAUUAUCAUUUGGUGUUUUCUAGUUUCGGCAUUAUAUUGAAUAGAGGAGAUCCGUGGAGCUGAGUUCAGUUGUUUCUAUCAGAGAUCUGUCAACGUUCCAUUCAAUAUCGUCGGCAGAGCUCUUCCUUUUUUUUUUUUUUCUCAUUGAUUUCGUGGCAUGGUAGAUUUUCUGUGGGGUCUGUUAUGAAUCUGCUGCCUCUGAUUGGAUCGACGAUUGCAUAGGGCGCUUAUGCACUCUUUGUCUUCUCUUCAUUUGUUUUUUGAGCUGCAUAGGGCUCUGAUUGGAAAUUUUGGUACAAAUUCACCGGCUUGUUGGACGGGAACAUAGAUAAAACAAGGCAGAGUUAGUUGUCUGAUACUAGCACUACUAUAUUAUAUUAUAAUACUAACAGGAUUCUUCAAUGGGGACUGUGGCAUUGGAGAGUUUAUAUUAUUUAUGAAUUCAGGACACCCUUUAUUGCCUUCAUCUGAGUCUUCCUCUGUGGUGGUGCAUCGCCGUGGUACUCCUACUCGCACCUUGUCCUCCUUUCGCUGCCUCAGCCGCAAUGUGUCUUUCUCUUCUUCCGCGUGCGAUGAGACUCAGACCAACUGUUUUGAGUUAAAAGACCAACAAGAAGAGGGACAGGAAGAAACUGCUGGAGUUACACCCCGUUCUUCUUUGAAACCUCUUACCUCUCUAGCACGUUCGCUUUCUGUUGUUGCCUCAAAACAUUUGUAUUCUGCUGACUCUCGUUCCUCUCAGCAGCACUCAUUGGAAUGCCCCACGAAGAAUCGGGGAAGCCGGCUAUCGUGGGGUUCCAUGGAGCUGCAUAACAACGGUAACACUUUUACAAGCUUUGAUAUUUCUAGGGGUUCGUCUGUGGUGCAAGAUAAGUUGAGUAAGUCCCGCAGGGUUCGCAACGACAGCGUGGAUUUUGAUGAUAAUCUGUUAUAUGCUGAAAACCCAAGGUUGAUCUACAUUAAUGAUCCUAGGAGAACGAAUGACAAGUACGAGUUCACUGGGAAUGAGAUUCGGACAAGCAAGUAUACGCUUAUCACUUUCUUGCCCAAGAAUCUUUUCAUUCAGUUUCAUCGAGUGGCCUAUUUGUAUUUCCUCGCUAUUGCAGCUCUCAAUCAACUUCCACCUCUGGCAGUCUUUGGGAGAACCGUGUCCCUUUUCCCACUCUUGUUUGUGCUUUGUGUCACGGCAAUUAAGGAUGGUUAUGAGGAUUGGCGAAGACACAGGUCAGACCGGAAUGAGAACAACAGAGAGGCACUAGUUCUCCAAUUGGGCGAAUUCCAAAUGAAGAAAUGGAAAAAGAUAAGAGCUGGAGAGGUUGUCAAAAUCCUUGCUGACGAGACAAUUCCUUGUGACAUGGUUUUGUUAGGGACAAGUGACCCUAAUGGACUUGCCUAUAUCCAGACCAUGAAUUUGGAUGGUGAGUCAAACCUGAAGACAAGAUAUGCUAGGCAGGAAACAGUUUCUUCAGUAUUUGAAGGUUGUAAUGUAUUGGGGCUGAUCCAAUGUGAACAGCCUAAUAGGAAUAUUUAUGAGUUCACAGGCAAUAUGGAGUUCAAUGGACAAAAAUUCCCCCUCAGCCAAUCAAACAUUGUUUUGCGUGGUUGUCAGCUGAAGAACACUGAUUGGAUAAUAGGUGUGGUAGUUUAUGCUGGGCAGGAAACAAAAGCAAUGCUAAACAGUGCAGUAUCCCCUUCAAAGCGAAGCAAAUUGGAAAGCUACAUGAACAGGGAAACAUUAUGGUUGUCCAUUUUCCUUCUUGUCAUGUGUUCUGUUGUUGCCCUUGGGAUGGGCCUUUGGCUUCAUCGUCAUGAGGAAGAGCUUGAUACCUUGCCUUACUACAGAAAAAGAUACCUAACAAAAGGAAUGGAGAAUGGGAAAACAUACAGAUAUUAUGGGAUCCCUAUGGAAACUUUUUUCUCCUUUUUAAGUUCUAUUAUUGUCUUUCAGAUAAUGAUACCCAUCUCUCUUUAUAUUACAAUGGAGUUAGUUCGCUUGGGACAGUCUUAUUUCAUGAUUGAAGAUAAGCACAUGUAUGACAGCAGCUCUGACUCAAGGUUUCAGUGCAGAUCAUUGAACAUAAAUGAGGACUUGGGUCAAGUACGAUAUGUUUUUUCAGACAAAACAGGGACACUUACUGAAAACAAAAUGGAAUUCCAAAAAGCAAGUGUCUAUGGGAAAAAUUAUGAAAGCUCCGAUCUUGCAGAUGACUCACUACAGGACCAUAACAUCAGAGCUGCUGCUGUUCUUAACAGCAGAUGGAAGCUUAAGUCUAAAAUUUCUGCUGAUUCUAAACUUAUGGACUUGUUGCAUGAAGACUUGGCUGGCGUUGAAAGAAUUGCUGCACAUGAGUUUUUCCUCACCCUCGCUGCAUGUAAUACUGUGAUCCCAAUUGUUUCACAGGAUACUUCUUCUGAUCAUGGAGGAAGUGAAUCAUGGGAAGAGGUGGGAACUAUUGAUUAUCAGGGUGAAUCUCCUGAUGAGCAAGCACUAGUUUCUGCUGCCUCUGCUUAUGGAUACACUCUCUUUGAGCGGACAUCAGGUCAUAUUGUAAUUGAUAUCAAUGGCAAUAAACUAAGGUUGGAUGUUUUGGGGUUGCAUGAGUUUGACAGUGUGCGUAAGAGAAUGUCAGUUGUUAUAAGAUUUCCAAACAACACAGUCAAGGUGUUAGUGAAAGGUGCUGAUACCACAAUGUUCAGCAUUUUAGCAAGAGACACAGAGAGGGAUGAUCAGAUAAGACGAGCAACUCAGAGUCAUUUGACUGAAUACUCAUCGGAAGGUCUCCGCACUCUUGUAGUUGCUGCAAGGGAUCUUACAGAUGCAGAACUUGAACAAUGGCAAUGCAGAUAUGCAGAUGCAAGCACUUCUUUAAUUGACAGAGCUGCAAAACUACGUGAAACAGCAGCUCUAGUAGAACGCAACUUAAAUUUACUUGGUGCGACUGCAAUUGAGGAUAAGCUACAAGAUGGUGUACCGGAAAGUAUUGAGGCUCUUCGGCAAGCAGGAAUUAAAGUCUGGGUUCUGACCGGAGAUAAACAGGAAACAGCAAUUUCUAUUGGUCUCUCCUGUAAACUUUUGACUGCAGAUAUGCAGCAAAUAAUCAUAAAUGGCAAUUCAGAGGAGGAAUGUAGAAAUCUUUUGGCUGAUGCUAAGAUUAGGCAUGGUGUGCAAUCAGCAACUAGAAAAAAGCAAAACUUGAAAAGGGAAAACUGUGAAAAUGGAUAUCUUGAUAUACCUGAUGAUGCAAAAUCUUCCGAUGUGCUACAUUGGCAUGCUGGAAAGGAAGAACCAGCUGUGGGUGCACCCCUGGCACUUAUAAUUGAUGGGACCAGUCUGGUCUAUAUUUUGGAGAAGGAUUUGGAAUCAGAGCUUUUCAACAUUGCAACUUCCUGUAGGGUAGUGCUAUGUUGUCGUGUCGCACCCUUGCAGAAAGCUGGAAUUGUUGAUCUUAUCAAGAACCGCACUGAUGACAUGACACUAGCUAUUGGUGAUGGGGCUAAUGAUGUUUCAAUGAUCCAAAUGGCGGAUGUUGGUGUUGGAAUAUGUGGUCAGGAAGGGCGGCAGGCAGUGAUGGCAUCAGAUUUUGCUAUGGGCCAGUUUCGGUUUCUGAAAAGAUUACUUUUGGUGCAUGGUCAUUGGAAUUAUCAGCGUGUUGGUUACUUAGUUCUGUACAACUUCUAUCGCAAUGCUGUUUUUGUGCUGAUGCUUUUCUGGUACAUAUUAAGCACAGCUUUUUCAACAACUUCUGCAUUAACGGAUUGGAGUAGUGUAUUUUAUUCCGUUAUUUACACAUCUGUCCCUACUAUUGUUGUUGGCAUUCUCGACAAGGACUUAAGUCAUAGGACACUCCUACAGUAUCCAAAACUUUAUGGUGCAGGGCAUAGACAUGAGGCCUAUAAUCUGCAACUAUUCUGGAUCACAAUGAUUGACACACUCUGGCAGAGCCUUGUUCUGUUCUAUAUACCUCUCUUCACAUAUAAGGAGAGCUCAAUUGAUAUAUGGAGCACGGGCAGUUUAUGGACUAUAGCAGUUGUUAUUCUUGUUAAUAUACACUUGGCAAUGGACAUUCAGCGCUGGGUAUUCAUUACUCAUGCUGCAGUGUGGGGAUCAAUAAUCAUUUCCUAUGCCUGUAUGGUGGUAUUGGAUUCUAUACCUAGCUUCCCAAAUUACUGGACAAUCUACCAUUUGGCAAAGUCACCCACCUAUUGGCUAACCAUUUUGCUUAUAACAAUUGUUGCUUUACUUCCUCGCUUUCUUUUCAAAGUUGUGCAUCAGAUUUUUUGGCCUUCUGAUAUUCAAGUAGCCAGAGAAGCAGAGAUACUAAGAAAAGUGCCUCCUAAUUUGAGGUCAAAGCUAGAUGAAGGUUCCAGUUAAAAUGGACAUUACACCCGCUUCUAAAAUGAUGUCCCAACCCUAUCCAUCAUAUGGCUGUCCCAUGGCAUGAAAUUGUAAGUUAUGACGAGUUGCGAAAGCUGAUUUUGCACCAGCUUGUGAAACAUGGCAGCACAGCAGAAUAACCAGUUUCUUAUGGAAAGGGAAUGAGAAAGUUGGUCAGAGCCAAGGAGAGUGGCCUGGCCCUGGUGUAUACAGCAUGUCAUCUGGAUGAUUCUGGCGAGGAAGAAAAAAGAAAUGGUGGAAAGUUGCCCCUUUUCGAGAUUUGUAUUUUGGUGAAAAGUGAAAUGAAUACUAGUCUGGUGAGCAGAAGAACUUCAGAGUGUUUGUUAGGGCCUUGACUAUCAGCAUUUGGCAGAGAAUGAGUCAAUUAAAAGGAAAAAUAAUAGAAAAAUAGUGGAAAAGUGUAUAGUAUAUAAAAUAGCUGUGUAAAAAUCAGGUCAACUCUUUUUUUCUUCAUUUUGCAAAUAGAAUGAGGUGUUGGUGGUACUCGAUUUCAAUCACACCCCCGUAUCAGCUUUUCUUAUGAUUCUGAUUCUGUUUGUUUGCUGAUAUAAUCUUUUUAGAGCGCCCAUUAACCCUCACUGUCAUUUUUUUCAUUAAAAAAAAAAUAGCAGAUGUAAGUCCUAAACAAUGAAUUUUAGGUCAAUUUAAA